CGAUCGUGCGCAUGUGCAGUGUCGUAGUUAAAUUUUGAAUAGAUUUUCGGCGGAUUUUGGUCAAGGCUCCUUGUGCGGUCAUUUAACAUGUCAAAACGAAAAGAACAUGCUUCUGAAGUGGUAGUGUCCACAAAAAGAAUCAAAACUGAAAUCAUUAAGGAAAGUGAUCCAGAUGAAGUUAACGGAAGUAAUUGGAAUGCUGCAGCAAUCAAUGGGCAAAGUGGCGACUCUCUUCCAAACUCACUCAUGAAUGAAGGUGAAGUAGGAAUAAUCGAAAGUAUUUCGUUGAAAAAUUUUAUGUGCCAUGCUUGCCUUGGACCUUUUAAGUUUGGACCCAAUGUGAAUUUUGUGGUUGGAAACAAUGGAAGUGGGAAGAGUGCUGUACUAACAGCCCUUAUUGUAGGGCUUGGUGGGAAAGCUACUGCCACAAAUCGGGGAUCCUCUAUAAAAGGAUUUGUAAAAAGUGGUCAAAAUUCUGCAGAUAUUUCAAUAACAUUAAGAAACAGAGGACCUGAUGCAUUUAAACCUAAUAAAUAUGGAGAGGCUGUCAUUGUGGAGCAACGUAUUUCAGGGGAUGGAAUAAGACAAUACAAAUUGAAAAGUCAGUCAGGACACUUGGUUUCCACUAAGAAAGAAGAACUCAAUACAAUAUUGGACCAAUUCAACAUCCAGGUGGAUAACCCAGUGUCAAUUUUAACACAAGAAAUGAGUAAACAUUUCUUGCAGUCCAAAAGUGAAGCAGAUAAAUAUAAGUUUUUCAUGAAAGCCACUCAGUUGGAGCAGAUGAGAGACGAUUAUUCCUACAUCAUGAAAAAAAAGGCAGUAACAAAUGAGAAAAUUGAAAAGCAGGAUGAGAACCUAUCGGAGUUAAAGGAUCAAGUUAAAGAAAAGGAAGACCGUUAUAAAAGCCUUUCUUCAUUGAAUGAAUUGUUGGAGAAACUGGAGCAACUUAAGAAUCAGAUGGCAUGGGCUUUGGUCAUUGAGGUUGAAAAGCAAAUGCAGCCAGUAAAAGAUCGUAUUAAAACUGAAGGAAAUCGUACUGUCAAAUUUGAUCAGAAAAUAGAAGAAUGGCAGGUCAAAGUCAAUGAGGCUGAGGAAAAUUUUAAGGCAGUUCAGAAUCAAUUACAGAGAAUUACAGAUGAAGCACAAGUAUUACGUCCACUAUGUGCAAAUUUAAAAGAAGACGUACAAGGAAAAAAUAAAGCAUGCAAAGAGUCUGAGGCAACAUUCCACCGCUGCAGAACACAGUUGAAACAACUUGAAAAAGACCAUGACCAGUUACAAAAGCGUAUUAAAGAACUGCGAAAUAGUAUGAGCCAAAGCUCUGAAGCUGAUUUGAAAAAGCGUCAAGGACGAAUUAGCAGUCUGCAAGAACAAUUGAAAUCUCUGGAGGCUGGAGAGACUAGUACUUUACAGCAGUUGGAGCAGUUUCAGCACGCAAUCAACAAGUCCAAAGAUGAACAUUAUAAGCUUCGACGAGAAGAACAGGAUGCAAAAAAUUCUGUCGAAUCCAGAAAGAAGCAGCUGAACAAUCUGAAAGCCAGCAGAACAAACCAGUUAAAAAGGUUUGGAGAGAACAUGCCAAACUUGCUUGAAGCAAUUGAGGAAGCAUAUAAACAGGGUCGUUUCAGGAAGAAACCAGUUGGCCCUUUAGGUACUUGUCUCAGACUGAAAUAUCCUGAAUUGGCUUUGGCAGUUGAAAGUUGUUUAAGAGGACUACUGCUUUCAUUUUGCUGUGAUAAUUACAAAGAUGAGCAGGUACUGCAGACUUUGAUGUCACGAUACUUCAAUGCAGGAAGACGUCCCCAAAUCAAUGUGUGCGAGUUUUCAAAUCAAGUAUACAAUAUAAAAGAUAGAGCUGCUCGUCAUCCAGAGUUCCCCACGGUUCUUGAUGCCUUGGAAAUAGAUAAUCCAGUGGUGACCAACUGUUUGAUUGACCUGAGAAAUAUUGAAAAAGUCCUGUUGAUCAGUAGCAACAGCAGAGCUCGUGAAGUUAUGCAACAGCAAAGGGCACCCUUAAACUGCAAAGAAGCCUUCACUGCUGUAGGUGACCAGGUUUUUACCAAUCGUUAUUACUCUUCUGAAAUGGACAGAGCAAGAUACUUGGGUGAUGAUGUGGAAGCGGAGAUCAGUCAGUUGGAAGUGGAAGUGAGCAAUAAAAUAGCUCAGAUAUCACAUAUUCAACAACAAUUGCGUUCAGUGGAGGAAGGAAUCAAGAUGAAUGAGAUUCACAUGAAAACAAAACAGAUGCAAAUCAGAAAAAUCCAGGAGAAUGUGACAAAAAUAAAACUAGAAAUCGCAGAUUUAGAGAAUGUGGAUGAACCCCAGUCUGUGGAUAUUUCCACACUAGAAGAAGAAGUGCAAGAUAUUUGGCAACGAAUAGAAUCUGACAGAGAGAAGCUUGAACAAGCCAAAAAGAAUAUGGAUGAGCACCGAAAGAUACUGGAUGAGGCUGAGCAGAAAUUUAAAGAAAUGAAGGAAAAGAUAAAUUAUAUAACUGAAGAGGCUGAUCCAAUAAAGGAUGAAUUAAGUAAGAUAGAUGCAGAAGUUGGAAAGUGUAAGCAUCAUAAAAGACAUUAUGAAGAGAAGAAAAAAGAACACUUAGAUGGGAUAGCUAAGUUAAAAGAAAACCUGGAAAGCAAAGAAAAGAUUUUAGAGGAAAGUACUGCUAAAGCCAAGCAGAUCUGUGCAGAACGAAUAGAAGUCACCAGGACUCCCAAAAGUAUUGAUGUGGAGAUCAAUCGUCUGAGAGAGAGGAUCAACAGAGAACAAGAACGUCAUGGGAAUAAGGAGGAAAUCGCAAGACAGUACUAUGAUGUUUUGGAAACUUAUAAGAAUGUCAAGAGCCAGAUCAAGAAUCUGAAGAUGUUUAUGCAGCUGCUUGAUAAAAUAAUGGAAGAAAGGCACAAAGCCUAUAAAAUAUUUAGAAGAUAUAUUUCUCUUCGCUGCAAGUAUUAUUUUGAUACCAUGCUCUCUCAACGUGGCUACCAUGGGAAAAUGAUGUUUGAUCAUAAAAAUGGCACUCUUUCAAUUGCGGUUCAACCUGGUGAGGGAGACAAGGCAGCACUGAGUGACAUGAGAUCCCUUUCAGGAGGUGAACGAUCAUUUUCAACGGUGUGCUUCAUCCUUUCUCUCUGGGACACCAUGGAAUCACCUUUCCGAUGUCUGGAUGAAUUUGAUGUUUAUAUGGAUAUGGUUAAUCGUAGGAUUUCAAUGGACAUGAUGUUGAAGGUAGCAAGUUCCCAACGUUAUCGCCAGUUCAUCUUUCUUACACCACAGAGCAUGAGUUCCUUACCUUCCAGUGCGCUAAUUAGAAUUCUUCGAAUGCAUGACCCUGAAAGAGGACAGACCACUUUACCUUUCCGUCCACGGGAUCAAGCUGAAGACUCAGAUGAAGAAACAACUGUUAACAAAACUUACCAGAAGCACUAAGUUCUUUUUAUAUGAACAGUGCUUAAUUGAAAUAGGUGGGAUGUGUGUGUGCUUGUGUGUUUUAAAUGGACUGGUGUCGUUUGAGGGUGGCAAAACGGUACUAGAAUGAUUUUCUUAUUAAAUUAUGUCACUGCCGUUUUCUCACAUGGUAACCCAAUUUUUCUUAAUCUGUGCCAGUUCUGUUUAUAGCACCUUUGACUUUAGAAUAUAUCCAUUUCCCUGUAUAUUAUUUCAUAAAAAUCUUCUCACUUUGAGUACUUUUUGAAGAUUUUCACCAGCUUUGUUAUAUGGCGUACAAGAAGAGAACAGUUUGAUAAACUUUGGUAUCUUUUGACUAAGCAGAAAAAAAUUUUAUCUUUUAAGUCAAGUGUAUGAAAAAUACAAUAUUUGUAAGUUUCAAUCCUUUAAUAUCAAAUGUUUAAUAAA